AUGCAACGACUCAGAAAAGAGCAGAUAAACACUAUAUCUGAGGGUCUAAUAGAGGUGGCGCAGACCGCGAAGGCUCUAAUCUCGAUGAAUGGAUUCGAUUGGGAACCAGCCAAUCAAAUCGGCCGCCAUUUCUGGAUGAACUGUUUUCAUCGAUACGCCGAGAAAAAUGAACAACCUCCGUUGCCCUAUGUCUCCGUAGUGCCUUGGGGUGACAUAACUGACCGACAUCAGAUUUCACAGAAGGCCAACGUGGUGGAUUAUGCACCAAAUACCCUGGAUGGCAUGUUGCCGUCACUUAGCCGAUAUCAACGCCUCUUUCUCAUGGUGGAUGAUGGGCUUCGUUUCUGCCACGCGGACAGCAAGUGUGAUUCCUUUAGAGUGGCUUUUGAAAAAGCCAUUGAACAACUGGCUAAAGGUAAAGACAACAACGUGCGAUCGAGUGUGGCUGUGCUGAUUGGAGGUGACUUGACGUGCCUACUAGCGGUUGAGAGGCGUCUCAGUGCGGACAUUCCAGUUGUGAUCUGUACUGGCACUGGCGGCCUGGCAGACGUGCUGGCCUAUGUGAAACGCAGCGGGCUGGAUAGCGAGACAGGGCAAGUUCCCCUCAAUUGA